AUGGCACCAGGAGGCAGACUCGUGUUGUUUGGAUGUCUGUUUGCUUCUCCGCUGCUAAUUCUGCCUCAUGGAAGUCAAAAUAUCCAGGAGACGCUGCUCUGCCAGCCAGGUUUCUACUGUCCUCACGGGAGCCUCGCUCCAGUCCCCUGUCCUAAGGGAACCUAUAGGCCAAUUACUGGAGCUGUGUCCCUAGACAGCUGUUUGAAGUGUCCUCCACACCACUAUUGCCCCAGACCAGGCUCUCAUGCCCCCAUUCCCUGUGGUCCUGUGGCCCAGCAGCCUCUGUCUGGCAAGGACACAUGUACCUGCAGAGGAGAAGGACAGAGAUUCCAGCUUAGUGAUGGGCAGUGCCACUGCACCAUCGGCUACCAACCCACCACCAACGGAGAUAUGUGCGUGCAACAAAUGUACGACGUCUGCAGAGACGGAAAAACCCGCACGCAACACGGAGACUGCUUUGACAAGAACCAGUGGUCCCUUCACUGCAGGCAGCAGGUGUGCCAAACUGCAGAGGACUACCGAGGCUAUGAUGGGGAACUGGGUCUGUGUGUUUGUAGAGAACCUCCUGGAAGGGCUGCAUGUGGAGGCCUGUGCAGAAGCAGGUCAGCUAUUGAACUGAAGCUCCAGUGCCGGUCCAGUACAGAGAUGGAACUGGUGUGGAGCUAUGCCAGUCAGGUGUUGAGCAUCUCGGGCGGUGUGCUGGAGACGGUUUUCCAACAGUGGGACUCCCAGGGGACUCUGCAGUGCAACAGCCAUCUCACUUCCUCACGUCCUGUUUACAUUGUUCGCAUGUCAGGUUGAGACACACAUUCAC